CCUCACUUUCCCUCUACAUCUUCUUAUAGGGAAAUCCAUGAAAUCAAACACACACAUACACACAAGUGCUGAAAAAAGAAAUGGCCCGUCAUGUCCUUCUUACCGGGGGCAACGGCUUCAUCGGAUCCCACAUCUUAGCCAAGCUUCUUGACCAUGGCUGCACCGUCUGUUGUGCGGUUAGAACACAAGAAAAAGGUGAUAAAAUCUUGCGGGACUUCGCCGCCCAGCAAUCUCAGAUCACGAUCACAAUCGUCCCCGAUAUCGUCGCGCCGGGAUCAUACGACACCGCAGUACAGGGGACCCCCGCGUUUGACACCGUCUAUCAUACUGCAUCCCCGUUCACGUACGCGAAUGUGGGCAGUAAUCUUCAGUUCCUCGAGCCGGCGAUCAAGGGCACAUUGAACCUACUCAAUGCCGUGAAAGACCAUGCCCCGAGUGUGAAGCGAGUCAUUUGGACCGGCAGCUGCGCCAGUGUGAUUGACUACGACAACUUGGUCUCGGACCCACCAAGACUGUAUACGGAAGAAGAUUGGAAUCCGGUUACCUGGGAAGAGGCAGUGAACGGGGAUCCGUCAAAAGCAUACAGAGGUAGUAAGCUUUUUGCAGAACGAGAAGCUUGGAAGUUUAUGAAGGACGAACAGCCACAUUUUGACUUGGUGACGCUAUCUCCGCCGGCGACUUUUGGUCCUCUACGCCACUCUAUCACCAGGAUCGGGGAACUGAACGAAUCCAACGCUCGGCUGUGGAAGUUUUGCUUCAGCUCGAGCAAAGAUGCGCCCGUGCCCUAUAUGCCUGUACACACCUACGUGGACGUCCGAGAUCUUGCCGAUGCGCAAUUCAAAGCUAUGAUUGUCCCGGAGGCAGGCCACCAACGGUUUGUGGUGUGCGCCCGGCAAUUUGACUUCCAGGAUGUUUGCGAUAUUCUCCGAUCACACCAUCCCGAACUGAGCGAACGCACGCCGCGGGGCAAACCCGGAACACGCUCGUUACCGCCAGGUGCAUACUCUAUUGAUAAUACCAAAGUGAAGAAAUUCUUAGGGGUGGAGUUCCGAAGUCUCGAGGAGACAAUUUUAGAUGCCGCACAUUGCAUGUUAGAGAUUGAACGGAACGAAAAGCAAGCUCCUUCCCCUUGAGGUGGGAGCAUUUUUGAAUGAGCACAAAUCAAUCAUGCUCACAUCAAGACAAUCGCUCUCUUGUUUUCCCGCUCUUACGCUGUAGUGUGAUAGCAGUCAACCAUACUGGUCAGGAUGAAGACCGCUCCGUUAGCACGACCUUGCUACAGGUAGGGUUGGGUCCAC